UACUCCGCUUCUAGUUCGAGCCCCAACUUUUCUCUAGUCCAGCGCGGUUUCUCGCUCUCAAAGAAAUUGCACAGGGAUGACGGAAAGCUCGGCGCUUGAAGCCGAAGCGCCCUCUAUUACAGCUCUCGGAUCUUUGUUUAAGCUCACUGAAGUUUAUCUCUCGGAUAAUACUGUGGAUGAUGUUCGCUUAUGCUCACCUUCUACGGAAGCUUCGAGAACCAUCACUGAAGAUGCUCCUGAUUCAAUUAAUUCAGAGCUUCAUUUCUUACCAGAAGAAGUGGUGCUUGCCAAGUUGAUGAGUGGAAUGGGACUCCCUAUGUCAUUUCGCACUAAGGAGAGGAGGGGAAUAGUUGGAGGAAUGAGAAAAAACAAGCUUAAGGAUGUACUCCACGAACGCAACCCAAAUCAGGAAGAUGUGCAAGGGCCUUUAGAAGAGGUGGGUGAGAAUGCUUCUUCUGAAAUUCCAUGUCAAGCAAGUGAGUCAUUGUCUUCCUUGUUAAUAGGACGAAAGAGUGAAUUGCCGAACUUUGAUCCUGCAGUUGGUGUUGAAGAAGUUGGUCAUCUCCCUGAUGUAGCGAAAGAUUCAAUCAGCCCGAUGUCAUCUAGUGCUAGCUCUACAAUUGAUGACCCUAUCACCACCGUUCCUGGAAGUGACCAAGAAUUGAAUUCUAAAUAUACGCAUCAUGAACUCUUAUUAAAGGAUGAUAAUGAAAUUUUCUUAAGAGAAGAUAUUGGAGCUCUUGAAAAUUCGAUUUUAGAUGGAAUAGUUAGCACUACAUAUGAUGGGAAGGACCCUAAAGGAGAUCAUAUGGACGACUUUAAAUGUUUGAAGCCCCCCUUUACAAUUGACCAUGAUGCUAGAAGUGAUUUUGGUCAUUGGGAGGUUUAUUGGGAUGACUUCUACUCAAGAAACUACUUCCAUAAUUCUCUUACACAAGAAUGUACAUGGGACCCACCUCCAGGAAUGGAAGAGCUAGUGUAUAUUAAUAUUAAUAUCAGUGAUAAACCAACAGAAGCAAAGAAGGAGAUAGCCGACAUGGAUGUCACUUUUACUGGUUUUGAAGAAUCUGCUGAUCAACCCAUAUUUUGUCAUCCGCAACUUAUGUGUGACUUAUCAGAGGAAUACAUAGGUGAUGAUAAAUUACUAGAUCAACAGAUUCAUGCUUCAGUUGAAGAUGAACUUGUUACUGAAACUAUCUGUCAUACCAGUCCCGAGAAAAAGAAAAGAAAAUCUAGGAGAGCAAAAUCCAAAAAGAAACUAUCCAUACAAAAUGGAGAGUUCCAUACCCCAUUGAUAAAUGAAGGCCUAAAUCGUGGUUUGAGUAAAUACUGGUGUCAAAGGUACAGUUUAUUUACAAAGUAUGAUGAAGGUAUACAAAUGGAUGAAGAAGGAUGGUUCUCUGUUACUCCAGAGUCCUUAGCAAAGCAUCAUGCUCAACGUUGUGCCGGUGGUACUGUAGUUGAUUUAUUCACUGGAGUUGGUGGAAACGCUAUCCAGUUUGCACACCAGUGCAGACAUGUAAUUGCAAUUGAUAUUGAUCCAAAGAAAAUUGACUAUGCACAACAUAAUGCAGUCAUAUAUGGAGUUAGAGACCAAAUAGACUUCAUUAGAGGAGAUUCCUUGAUAUUGGCUCCAACAUUGAAGUGCUUCUGCCAUACAGAAUGUCAUAGAUAAUUAGACACCAUGGACAAGGGGAACAAAACCAGUGAGAAAAUUAGGUAGAUGUAGUCUACAUGUCACCACCAUGGGGAGGACCUGAUUAUGCCAAGGUUAAGAAAUUUGACAUCAAAACAAUGCUGAAGCCGCAUGAUGGGUAUUUUCUCUUCAAUGCUGGCAUGAGAAUUGCAUCUAAAGUUGUCAUGUUCCUUCCCAGAAAUGUGGAUAUCAAUCAACUGGCUGAGAUUGCUUUAUUAGCCAAUUCAUCAUGGUCGCUAGAGGUGGAGAAGAAUUUCUUAAAUGGAAAAUUGAAGGGAAUCACCGCAUACUUCAUCAAGUCUUCCUCAUAGCAGUCAUGCAAGUCUACUGCGAGCCUACUGUGGUCUGUGGACAACAUUGGCACUUUCGAAUUAGAGAUGGAAAAGCUCGCUCUUUAUGAUUGUUGUCAUUUUACCACCUCAUCCCAAAUUCUCAAUUAGUUUGAUUUAGAAGCCAGCCAGUUCAUCUUUUCUUAAUUUCGCCUUUCCACCACCACCAUCAUCAUCAUCUGUGGUGCCUUUUUGGGGAGUAUGAUCUCCCGGGAGUACAAGCCUACAAGGUUUGAGUUUUUUUUAGGGCUGUAAAUAUGUAUUAACCUAAGGUUGCACACUUUUGUAAUUACAUGCCAUUAAAUAUUAGCAUUAAACGGUCAAUGGUACUCGCAACAGUUCAUGGAUCACAUGCUACUUGUCAUCCCUUGUGGUAAUUACAUGUAAUUUGAGAGCAAGGUGUAUAAUAUUUGUGGGUUUAACUUUCCUUAUCUGGUAUCUUAGUUUCACAGUUUUCCA